AUGACAGAGCUAAUAACUAAACCUUUAAGGGUAAAAACCAACUAUAUUAUUUUAUGUAACAAUCCAAGUUCAAAAAGUAAUUUUGAUAUGUGUGUACAAUAUAUAAAUGGAAUUGUAAACAUAUUAUCUAAACAUGAAAAAAUAAUGGUUAUUGGUUAUUCAGAUACUGCAGAAAUAGUUUCCAAUUUCACAAAUGAUACUGAAAAGUUAUUAAGCGAAAUAAAAUUAAAAAAAGCAUUUGCCAAUAUAGACAGUACCAGAGAAAAUGUUGUAAUGAUAAUUGCUGAUAGCCCAUCAAAAGACCAUAAAGAAUCAAAAAAUCUAAUUUCAUCUAUGAUAUCUAGAGGUAUUAGAUUUUUUAAUAUUGGGGUUGGAUCAUUCACAAAAAUGAAAAUGGAUGAAAUUUUUGUUCAUCAAAGAAAUUAUUUUUUCCCAGAUUAUUUGCAAUUUACAGACAAUAUUAAAGCACUAGUACCAAGAACAAUACAUAAUCCAAUUGGAUUUUCAGUAACACCAACUAAAAAAUUAAUUCAAAAAUCAAGUAAAGAUUUUUCAAUAACCUUUUCAAUUUUUUCACCAAAAAAUGAAUCUUUUUUAUCUAAUCAAGUUGAAAUUGAAUUUGAUGAAAACGAAUAUUAUUUCGGAAAUCUGGUAACAAAUGAAGUACCAUUUAAUAGAGAUCCCUGUAAUUUAGAAGUUGUUUUAAGUGUCAAACCUAAUUUCGAUAUGAAACAAUUUCCAAGCUAUAUUAAGUUUCAUAUAAAAGUAAUUGAUAAAAUAUAUAACUAUAAAUUAUCAAGCUCAUUAAUUUGGUUAAGUGAAGAUUGUAUAACAGAUUUUCCAAUUAACAUUUUUGUUGAUGGGGUAAUAGGCCAUGGUAAAUCUAGUGUUCUAAAUUUACUUUUCAAUCUCUUUACCACUGGGGCAAUUGACUACGGAGUAUUUUUCAGUUCAAGACAUACUAGUCAUACUACAACAGGAAUUAGUUUUAAUUCAAUUCAUAAAAUUUUGGAAAUUAAAAAAAAAAUGGAUAAUCAUCCAAUAUAUGAAGAGCUUAUGAAAAAAAUUAAAAUAACUUUAGUUGACAAAGCAGGUAUCUCCUCUUCAAAUAAUUUAUUAAAUUAUUCUUUAGCGGUUGAAGGAAAGUAUCACCCUGACCAUGAUUUAAAAGAAAAAUGUUCAAUGGAAAAGUAUAUGGCCCAUGCAUUUAUUUUUGUUUGUUCAAUGAACAUCAAUACAAAUUUAAGUGAGUUGGAACAGCUUAAUAAAAAGUUACUAGAAUGCAUUAGUGUUAGAAUUCAACCCAUUUUGGUCGUUACUCAUAGUGAUCAUUAUCCUGAAGAAGUACAAUUAAAAAUAAAAAAAGAAAUAAUCGAGAAGCUACCUGUUGAAAGGAACAACAUCUUCUAUGUUGUUCCUUACUUAAAUGAAACCCCAAAAAGAAAGUCCACAAAAGAUUCAGUUGGUUGGAGUAUUUUAAAAAAAGCUGUAGAUGUUGCCAAACAAACUAUUAGAACCCAAAUGAUAGAAAACAAAAAAAAUUAUUCACCUACACCAGAACAAAAUGGCCAAGGUUCAUCUCCUGAUAGUGCAGCUAAUGAAAAACUUCAAAUCCCUUUAGUUGUAUCUGUUUAUAGAGGGGAUAUCGUUGAAAAAUUCAGAGUUUCACCCAAAACCAACAUUUCAGAUUUUUAUGAUACUGUUGAAAAAAAAUUUAAUAUCACAUCAAAAUUCUCUAUAUUAGAUUCUGAACAAUGUUGUAUUGAUGAUCACUCAACAAUGGGUCAAAUAUUUUUUGAAAAUCAAAUUGAUCUUUAUUUAAAAGAAUAUUGA